AUGUUCACGACAAUGGAGAGCGCCGCGUGCGGGGAAUGUGGCGCGUCGAAUCUGGCAUUAGCCAGCUGCAGCGAUUGCAUGCGUCAGUUCUGUAGAUGUUGUGUGAGCGCUGCCGGGCAAUGCCGUAAGUGCGCACAGUCAGUGGAAUCAUCUGAUAAACUGUGCCCCACAUGCCCACUUAUGAAUGAAACAACACACCUUUGUAUUGCAUGUGGGAGGAAAGUGUGUAGGCAAUGUGUUCGUACGGUGUAUACGCACCGCCCGCACUUCGUGAUUUGCACAAGUUGUCAAGCGCCUGCAGAAGUGAUGAACGCAUGUAGCCGCUGUGAUGGGGUCAUAACGAAUGUGAAUGAUGCACACUACUGUGAAAUUUGUGCGGACACUCUGUGUAGCCACUGUCUUCCGCUUUCCUUCGAGUGCGGUGUGGUGAAGUGUUUCGCAUGUUGCCCAUCACCCGUGCGAUUGCUUAAAAAUAGGUGUGUUCGUACUCAACUGACUGAUCAACUCAAGGUAAUCAUUGCUUCCGUGGCGGGACAAAGGAAAUCUAAAUACAGUACACUAUAUGAUCAUGUAAAGCUAGGCGAAGGGGGCCAAGGCGUGGUAUACAAGUGCCGAGCGAAGGAUGGGGAAGUUGUCGUGCUAAAGGAGAUGCGUUUUGCAGAGUGCAAUCGACCAGUUUACGAGGCGCGAUUACGCCAAGCAGCCACCAUGCAGAAACUUUCACAUCGGCAUGUAAUAGAGUACUUGGAUGUGAUGGGUUCCGAAAACCCGCUGAAGAUCAGUGUUGUUAUGCGUUACUAUUCCGAGGGUGAUCUUUCCAAGUUCAUUAGACGUCAGGAGGCACCUGUGUCCGAGGAGAAACUGUGCUCCAUUGCGCUUCAGAUAGCGAAGGCCCUGAAAUACCUUCACAAUCAGUCGCCUCCCAUAGCUCAUUGUGAUAUCAAGCCUGAGAAUGUCCUUUUGUUGAAUAAUGAGGAGCAGGUACUCUUGAUGGAUCUUGAUUUGUGCCAUGCUUGUGGUGGGGAUAAUGCCGAAGAGAGUGAUUUACUUUUCUUUGGUCAAGCAUCGCCCACAUUUGAGUACCGUGCGCCGGAGAUGGGCGACUCAUCUGGUAGCCCAAAAUCUGAUAUAUUUAGUUUCGGUGUGCUCAUAUUUGUGUUAGCCACACUGCCGGAGUUUGCAACGUUGCGGAAUGAAAAGGGGGUUCAGUCGGUUUUGAGUGACUCCGAUUGGACCAAAAGCUCCCUAGAAAAGGCAGUCUCCACUGCUAUCCGUCGGCGUCCGCGUAAGUACAAGGAUGAGUUAGUUAACUUGAUAGUAGCGAUGUUGCGGCAUGAUCCUCGGGAAAGGCCAACCGCAGCGGAGGUGGAAGCGAGGCUUUCCGACAUAAUGUUAAGUUUACUUCUGAAGAAGAAGUGA